AUGCUCCAACAUCUCGUAUCUUCAUCGACGACCCAUCUCCUGAUCGUAUUGGCCAUCAUGACUCUACUUUUUCUAAUUGGAUCCUAUUUGUUGUUCAAAAAGUUAGCAAAAGCACAAACCACAUUAUGGAAGCUAUCGGAUUUUACUUUCAUCUCAGCCGAUGAUUUAAAUAGCGAUCGAUUCGGAAUGAAGAACAAACAGAAAAAAGUUCAAGUCAAUAAUCCACUCUUUAUACAACGACAUAAGAACAAGGCUGAACAAUAUUCGGUUUUAAAUGAACCUGAUUUGGAUUUGAGCAUUAUUCUUCCUGCCUACAAAGAAGAGAGUCGGAUUCAUGUCACUCUUCAAGACACUUUUCAAUAUCUCGAAAGGAAAAUUGAGAAAAAUCCACAAUUUAGAUGUGAAAUGAUGAUUGUGGAUGAUGGAAGUACAGAUAAUACCAUCGGAAUUGAUAAAAACAAAGGAAAAGGAUUCGCAGUCAAACAAGGAAUGAUUAGAGCACGUGGAAAAUUAAUAUUAUUUGCAGAUAGUGACAAUGCCACAGAUAUUAGAGAUUUGGACAAGUUAUUAUCUAAAAUGGAGGAAAUGAAACAACAAAACAACUCCAAGCAUGGAUAUAUGGUCAUUGGAAGCAGACAUCAUUUAAUAGAGGGUGUCAAACGAGAAAGAAAAUGGUAUAGAAAUAUUACCAUGUAUGGUUUUCAUUUUCUUGUUUACUUUGUGGCAAAUAUAACUAAUAUUAGUGAUACACAGUGCGGAUUCAAGCUGAUGGACAGAGAAGCCGUCAGACAAGUACUUCCAAACAUGAAAAUAGAUAGGUGGUGCUUUGAUAUUGAUCUCAUUCAUAUUUGCAACACCAUGAAAAUCCCAAUAUUUGAACACCCUGUAAAUUGGACAGAAAUUGAAGGUAGUAAGGUCAAUAUUUGGGGAAUUAUUGGGAUGGCACGUGACUUGUUCCUCAUACGAAUGUACUACACUCUCGGAAUUUGGAAAGUCGUCGAAAAUCCAAAACUUGAACCAUCAGUAAAUUAA